UGAUAUAUGUAGUGUAUGUUGCAUCUACGCUUUCAACAACUAACACACUCAUUCUUUCUCUAGUCUCUAGCUCCCUCGUCCUGUAAAUCGCAACAUGAUAUGACAUAACGAGAUAAGAGGACACUAGAAUGUCGCGCUUCUUAGUGCCCCACUUCAACUUCAAAGCCCUCCCCGACACCCAUCUCAGAGAAAACUUGUGUCCACAUCAGCCACUCCCCCCUCAGAGACUCCUCCAAUGUUCAACCUCAGCUUCACAUUCAACCUCCAAUAACUACCGUCCGGCUGUCAUUCUUCCCGGCUUGGGCAACAACUCCGGCGACUACCACAAGUUAGAGCAAACUCUAGAGGAUAAGUACGGCAUGCCCACGGUGGUGGCAAAGGUGUCGAGAGUUGAUUGGCUCCGUAACGCUGCCGGUUUGGUAGACCCCAAUUACUGGCGUGGCACCCUUCAGCCAAGGCCUGUCCUUGAUUGGUAUUUGAAGAGAGUUGAUGAUGCUGUUCAAGAGGCUAAGCUCUUGGCACAACAACAAGAUGCAAGUAUAUCCCUCAUUGGCCACUCCGCAGGAGGAUGGCUUGCGCGUCUCUAUAUGCAAGAUUUUGAACUCUCCCACCAUGUAUCCUUGUUAUUAACUCUUGGAACUCCUCACCUCCCUCCUCCAAAAGGCGUGGCAGGGGUUAUUGAUCAAACUCGGGGCCUCCUUGAUUAUGUCGAAAAGAAUUGCUCUAAAGCUGUUUACACCCAUCAACUUAAGUACGUGUGUAUCGCAGGAAGGUACAUUCAAGGAGCUCCGCUUUGGGGCAGCUCAAAUUCAGUUGCAAAUGCGGAAUUUGCAGUUCCAGCAGGUGAAGGCGUAAACAUGAAGCCGGAAAGUGGAAGCACAUUACGUGGUCGCAUUGUUGGUCAAGGUUACAAGCAGGUAUGUGGGGAAGCAGAGGUGUGGGGUGAUGGCGUGGUACCUCAAGUAUCAGCUCACUUGGAUGGCGCACUUAACAUUUCUUUGGAUGGUGUUUACCACUCACCGGUGGGUUCAGAUGAUGAACUCAGACCAUGGUAUGGCUCCCCCUCUGUGUUGGAUCAAUGGGUACAACACCUCCUUCAUUAACCAGCAUGGGUGCUAUAGAGAAAUGCCAGAGGUCAUUUGUUUUUGACCAUCAGUUAGUCAUCAACUCAAUUUCUUUAGUCUAGUUUCUUUAAUCUAGUAAUCCAACAAUAUACUUUAUCUUAUAUUUUUAAAUAUGAUAGCUAACUGAUGGUCAAAACAAUAAAUUCUGAUGGCCUUCUAGUAUUUUUCAGUGAUAUAUAUAUGUUCCCUUUUAUUUUUCUUUA